AUGGAGAAUAAAAGAAGAACACCGAAUUUCUCGAAGUACGAGAUAGAUGUACUUCUUGAACUGGUGGGUGCAAAUGCAUCCGUUCUUGAAAAUAAGAAAACCGACGGCUGCAGCUUAAAAGAACAGGCAAUGUGGUCCCAUGUUGAGGCGCAAUUUAAUUCUACUCCUGGUGUGACAAAAAGAUCCUGUGACAGGCUGAAAACCUGUUAUGAAAGUAUGAAAAGAAGACUUCGAAAAGACCUUGCAGAAGAAAAGGUGGAAGUGUAUAAAACAGGUGGGAGGAAGCCUACCCAAAAAACCACGAUCCAUGAUCGGGUUAAACUAUUAGAAAUUGUUGGUUUCUCAAUGAAACCGUUAACAAAUGCAUAUGAUUUCGAUGCACAGUUUAGCAUGAUUGUGGAUGUUGUCAACAUGGAGAACAGUGCAGUGCAGUGCAGUGAGAACACGCCACCUGCUUCAGUUGUCGAGUGGGCAGAGUACACACAACCUAGCACUUCCCACACACCUGUCGUAAUACUAAGUAAAGAGACACCAAAUAAUGUUCUGGUGGAUGUCACCCAGCUGCAACCUGUUUCACAGUCUCCUGAUCAACCCAACGAAAACAUUUGCACGCCUAAAAAUACAUGGCAUUGUCGCAGGAUGCCUGCAAAACCAAGGCCAUCGGGUUCGGGAACAGUGGCUGACAAUGUGUGCAAAGAAGAGAGUGGAACUACUGGAGGCCCAAUUACUCAUGAUGAAGGCAGAGCACCAAAAGGAGCUGAGGAUAAAAGAUUUAAAAAUUCUGGCCCUGAAAGAAAAACUAAAGUACUGGAAGAAGAAAAAUGUUAGUGACAUGUGACUUUUUUCCUGUGACAUUAAUUUUUUUUUUAAAUUUUUUGUGCUAUGUUGUAUUUUGUCCAAUGCAUUACAGUUCUCUCACAGUUCAAAUUGUUUCUCUGUGUUUGUCCUGUUAGUGAUACUGCUUCUAUCCUAGUUGGUGUCUAAUAUCUGCUUACAGCUUAUUUCGUCUGGACUAAGUUUCAUCCAAUCACUUAAAAUUAGAAUUAGUUCAUACAUAAAAACAGAUUAGCAACACUGCAGUUUACACAAGUAAGCUACAUCUCAGUUGCAGGCCUGCAGCCAUAACAUCAGGUGCCAAUUUUUACUUAAAUGACUUAACAAUGAGGAAGACUGUUAAUGAAACAAAAUAAUAGUAAUAAAGCAUCCUUGUUACUCUAACUUUGUAAUGAACAUAUGCGCUGUAACAGUUAUAUA